CGCAGUAUGUCCACUGGCUCGGAGUCGGUGCUGAAGUUGGGCGGAUGGAAGAAAAACACCGCCGAUGGAGAUUAUAAGGCAGGAUGCAUCUUUACUGUGCGAUUUAACAAGCAUCAACAUAAAACACAUAUAAAUGAACCACUACAGAAUACUGACAACCAGAAUUAAAAGGAUGGUAUAUUUUUGCUCCCCUUGCACUCAACACUGCAAAUGGUCCACCCACUGAGUCCCUGAGCUCUGCUGAGACCCAGGGCGGGGACUGCUGUCCUCCUCAUCCUUCCUCACCUCCUGGCCCUCCAUCAGUGAUGCCCCGAAGUUUAAGCGGAGUUGACAUGAGAAAACGGCAGCAGCCACACAUUGAAGGACCUCCCCAGGCGCCUGGCCACCCACGACCCAACAACUGCUGCAUGUGCUGGUGUGGUUGUUGUAAAUGCCUCUGGAAUGAGGACCGCAUGGAGGGUUCCGAACGGACAUGCACUAAAAUGGAUAGUAUUGAAGCCACGGAAGAGCAGCAACCCACUCUAGACGAGGUGGUGGCCUGGGCCCGUAGCUUCGAGCUGGUGAUGCGCUCCUCAGAAGGCAGGGAGAUUUUCCGAGAAUUUCUGCGCUCUGAGUACAGCGAAGAGAACCUGUUGUUCUGGCUGGCCUGUGAGGAGCUGAAGAAGGAGACGGACCCGACAGCGAUCGAUGAGAAAGCCAGGAUCAUCUAUGAGGACUACGUCUCCAUUCUAUCACCGAAAGAGGUGAGCCUAGAUUCACGGGUGAGGGAAGGCAUCAACCUGAGCCUGGCAGAGCCUAACAACGUGAUGUACGAGGAAGCCCAGCUGCAGAUCUACACCCUGAUGCACAGAGACUCCUACCCCCGUUUCCUCAACUCCUCUGUUUACAGAGACCUUCUGGACAGCAAGAGAAGCUCCUGCCUAGACACCUAAAGUAACCCACCCACCAACAAACAAAACAGAAAGACAAUCAGGUGCCAGAACUGGGUUAGAUAUUUUCCUUUUUUGAAAACCAGAAAAUAAUGAAUAGUUUAAGCAAUUUCAAUUGUCUGCUCGCAGGCGGCCCUGAGGGUUAGUUCCUGGUUUAACUGCAGAUAAGAGCUCCUCAGGCUACUGUUACAAAGACAAACAAAAGGAAGGGUAGACCCAUUGUUCCGGUACUGUACUUUUGAGAGUUCUCCUUUUGCUCGGUCUCUUUCUCUCUUGGUCUGUAUUUUUCUCUCAAAUUCUGUCCCAUGCCUCAGACUUUUUACAGUCCAAAAACAAUGCCCUUUUUAAAAUAGUUGUAGAGUUGACCGUGGUGAGCAGGAAAAUCACUGACUUUGCAUGUGACACGGUAAUGGACUACACUGGCUUGGUAUGUUAGCAGUGGACAGCAAAGGUUCUUGAAUAUGAGAUGUAUUUUCUUCUGUUCUAGGGAUUUCCCUGUCAAGCUCUUGAUGUGUUAUGUGAAGGGAAUAUCGAUAUUUGCCAAUUAGCUUGCAGUUGUUGAUUUUGAGAAGGUUGAAAGUUUUACAGCAGUGUUCAUUUCCAAGCACUUGCCUUCUUUACAACUCUAAAAGAGAAGGAGGCCUGGAAUUGUGGUCGGGCAGCUAAAUGUCUAAUGAACAUGACUUUCCACGGGAAAUCACAAUGCCUUGACGAGAAAAAGGUGGCACAAGCGCUGCUUGUUAUGGUAACAACCACAGUUUAGUAAACACAGUACAGUUCUACCUGUCCUUCCCUCACCAUCUCACCCUAAGAGAAGCACAGGUUAUGUCAGAGGUUGGAAUCAUUGCUGGAGAAUUUUUUUUAUCAAACAUUCAAUUAGUUUCAGACAAAUCAUGAAUACUUUCAAGCUCUCAAAUGAAAGAGAACCGUUAACUUUUUCAUUUUUCUACUGCAUAUAAUAUAAAUGGUAGUAAUCAAGCCUUGGUUCGGAAGGUCAAGUAUGAGAUAGCGGUAUGUCUGAUGCAUAGCCAUGAGGUCUAAGAGGGGUCUGCAUUGCAUAGACAUGGAAUUAUGAAGUAUGCCUGUGUGGCUUCUGGUUUUAAAGCUGUAGCUAGUUCUAGACUGAAGGGGGUCAGUGCCAGCUAAGGAACAGCCCAGCCGAGAGCAGAAGAGGCCUGGUGGAAUUGUGGUUUGGAGGUUUACAGUCCUGUUCACCAGGUGUGUGUGUGUGUGUCUCUUUAAAGGGGCAAUCAGCAAUUGCUACGUUCAUUUUUGGACUUAUAAAUUAAUGAUCAUUGAUUCUUGAAGAAUAUAAUUUAUAAAUGCCUCAUGAGCUUAGUUAAACUGUUGUACACCAUCAAUACCCAAAAUAGAAGCUUGUUUUACUCCAAUGUUUGUAAACAAAGUAAACAAACACUGUAUAGCCUCUAAACAUGGUUCAAACUGUCAUGUUGGUAUCAUGCAUGGUCAGUUCUUGCAUCUAUUGCUCUUGUUUAUGAAUUUAAGUGGUUACAUUUAUCCAGCCCAAUCCCUCAGCUUUUUACAAAACGGGUGAGGAGAACACUGCUAUUUUGUUUCUACUGCUGAUUGUCCAUUUCAGCCUGGCUAGCGAGGUGCCAGUAAGAUGCUUGGAACAUCACUGAGCCCCAUGCCUUUAACAGUCUCUCUGCUUCCCAGGGAUGGCCAAGGGAGGUGAAUAGAAAUUUUGGAGACGAUUCGUUAUUUUUCCUAAAAUUGCCGGCGUGCAUUAUUGUGUGUACCUGCCGUCCAGAUACACACGUAUCAAACAUUUUAAAUAUGGUAUAGUUAAAGGUAGACUCAGCGAAAUGACAUUGCCACCGUAGAUAUUGCGAUGAGCGAGAUGCAAGACGUUCUCCUACAGUCACACACAGUAUCUGUGCAUGUGCACGUGUUCAGUUUACGCUCUUACAGCGUGGUAGCCAGGGGACCAAAACAGUGGGGAAGUUUAGCCUCGCGGUUCAACGCUCUUAGUUGUUGUGGAAAUUGACCCACUAUGCUGUUUACUUUCUGUGUCUACAUCAUAUUGCUGAGUCUACCUUUAAUGUCCCAUGAACAUAUACUGUAGGUCUAAAAUAUAUAUAGUACCAGUCAAAAGUUUGGGCACCUACUCAUUCAAGGUUUUGAUUUUUAGAAUAAUAGUGAAGACAUCAAUACUAUGAAAUAACACAUGCAAUCAUGUAAAGAAAUCAAAAUAUAUUUUAUAUUUGAGAAGAUUCAAAGUAGCCACCCUUUGCCUUGAUGACAGCUUUGCACACUCUUGGCAUUCUCUCAACCAGCUUCAAGAGGUAGUCACCUGGUUUGCAUUUCACUUAACAGGUGUGCCUUGUUAAGUUAAUUUGUGGAAUUUCUUUCCUUAAUGCGUUUGAGCCAAUCAAUUGUGGUGUGACAAGGUAGGGGUGGUAUACAGAAGAUAGGCCUAUUAGGUAAAAGACAAAGUCCAUAUUAUGGCAAGAACAGCUCAAAUAAGCAAAGAGAAACGACAGUCCAUCAUUACUUUAAAACAUGAAGGUCAGUCAAUCUGGAAAAUUUCAAGAACUUUGAGUUUCUUCAAGUGCAAAAACCAUCAAGCGUCAUGAUGAAACUGGCUCUCAUGAGGACCGCCACAGGAAAGGAAGACCCAACAUUAGAUCUGCUGCAGAGGAUAAGUUCAUUAGAGUUAACUGCACCUUAGAUUGCAGCCCAAAUAAAUGCGUCAGAGUUCAAGUCACAGACACAUCUCAACAUCAACUGUUCAGAGGAGACUGCGUGAAUCAUUGUCGAAUUGCUGCAAAGAAACCACUACUAAAGGACACCAAUAAUAAGAAGAGACUUGCUUGUGCCAAGAUACAAGCAAUGGACUUUAGACCGGUGGAAAUCUGUCCUUUGGUCUGAUGAGUCCAAAUGUGAGAUUUUUGGUUCCAACUACCGCGUCUUUGUGAGAUACAGAAUAGGUGAACGGAUGAUCUCUGCAUGUGUGGUUCCCACCGUGAAACAUGGAGGAGGUGGUGUGGGGGUGCUUUGCUGGUGACACUGUCAGUGAUUUAUUUAGAAUUCAAGGCACACUUAACCAGCAUGGCUACCACAGCAUUCUGCAGUGAUACACCAUCCCAUCUGGUUUGCGCUUAGUGGGACUGUCAUUUGUUUUUCAACAGGACAAUGACCCAACACACCUCCUGGCUGUGUAAGGGUAUUUGACCAAGGAGAGUGAUGGAGUGCUGCAUCCAAUGACCUGGCCUCCACAAUCACCCAACAUCAACCCAAUUGAGAUGGUUUGGGAUGAGUUGGACCGCAGAGUGAAGGAAAAGCAGCCAACAAGUGCUCAGCAUAUGUGGAACUCCUUCAAGACUGUUGGAAAGCAUUCCAGGUGAAGCUGGUUGAGAGAAUGCCAAGAGUGUGCAAAGCUGUCAUCAAGGCAAAGGGUGGCUACUUUGAAGAAUAUCAUAUUAAAUGUAUUUUCAUUGGUUUAACUUUAGAUAUUUUUUUUUUACCCCACAUGAUUCCAUAUGUGUUAUUUCAUAGUAUUGAUGUUUUCACUAUUUUUCUAUUAUUAAAUAAAAACCCUUGAAGGUGUGUCCAAACUUUUGACUGGUACUGUAUUUUCAAUUCAGAUUUUGUGCAUUAAAAAAAAAAAAACAUGGACAAAUUAUUGUAGGCCUUUGUCACCUGUUGAUGUGCAGAGGUCAGUGAGUAAAGUAUAUUGUGAGAGUUGUGUGUAUUAUCACCACUGGUGGGUAAUGAUAUUCAGGUGUCAUGGAAACCACUGUUUUGUAAGAACAUCAUUCUGCCAUCAGGUCUUACUACCUGAAGUUCAUGUGCCAAGGCCAGUUUUAAUAAAGCCCAUAUACUGUAGGUUAUUGAAGUGCAAUUGGAUCAGAUGUAGAGUUUUUCCAUUUUUGUAGUCAUAAAAAUGAACAUAUAGCCUAAUGAUAUCAGCCAUUUUGUAUUCAUAAAAAUGAACAUAGGAUAGCUUAAUGAUAUCAGCCAUUUUGAACAUCCAACUAUAUUCUAACAUUCCCUAUAUUUAGUUCACAUUCAGCUACCUUUAUAGAAAUAUUUGAACAGUGUUUGCAUACAGUGCAGAGAACAUUGAUGUUAUAUUUUGAGUGAAUGACACAGUAAAGGUGAUCCAGUAUGCAUGCACCACAGUGGUUAGAGGAUACCUUUUUAUGUCGCUCUAUUAAUGACAACUCACAUUGACAUUUUACAAAAGAAUUACUUGCUCAGUUUAGAUGUUAUUUCAGCUGUAACUUCACAAUGUUUGACCAACCAGACACUGAAAUGAUGGUGCAAUCAAACCAAGUUUACAUUCGUACGGUGAGCAAUUUCCUGCAAGGGAAGCCAAUAGCAGAUUUUUGGGGGUAGGAAAAUGGUUCUGAAUGAUUUGAAAAUGAACAUUUUACGAUGGGUGAAGAGUAGUAUUGUGUUGUCUGGGUGUACUGUCUUGUCUUGACUCUGAGUAACUAAUUAUUUUCACUCCAUGGAAGGAAAUGGUUGUUCAUUUUACUGGCAUUUCAACAAGGAUUUAACUAUUCAUGACGAGACGGUAUCAUAGGCAUAGUGUCAUAUCUGUUCAAAUGUUGACUUCAAUUCAGAAUGAAUGGCUUUGAAAGGUGGCAGAGGUUUGUUGACAGAGAAAUCAUUUGAUCUAAAGUGUCAUAUUUGAUGUGAUUAGAGAAGCAUUGGCCUUAUUUGCUUUGUUUCUCCUUUAAGAGUGUCAUUAGUGUUUUCACUACCUCUCAUUUUGGUUCCUUUAUUUCACAUCUAGUUGUCAAUGUACACUUUGUUUUUAGAUCUACUUGAAGCCUAACACUGUAAACAAAAUGUGCACAGAAAAUAUGUAUUGAGCGUUAGGAUGAUUAGCCUAGUUUACUUUUUUGUUUGUUUGAUUGUUUAAUUGUGUUCAACUGGAAAAAGAUUUUUAGAUAUAUAAAGAAUUCAGGAAAUACACUGUUUAAAGGGCUAAUCUCAUUUUGCCUAUGCAAAUAUGUUACUGUUGAAAUGUGGGAAAGGGUAGGUUAAGUUACCUUUUUAGCUAAGUUUGAUGGAACAUGGUUUACAUUGCCCUUUGCUGGUAUUCUUCAAUCUUAUUCAGCAAAAAUGUACCGUUAUUUUUGUUUCUAUAUAAAUAUAUAACAAGUAAUAUACAGAGAAAAUAGUAUAUGCCUUCGUGAAGAAAAAAACAACACUUGAUAAAUACAAAUAAAUAUGUGUGUUGUCAGACCUGUGGCUGUGUUAUGAGAUGACAGUUCACUCUGAGAUACACCUGUUGACUGAUAGACUAGUCAGAGACUCCAUCCAUAGAGGCUUUAUUAUCCAUUCAGUGUUUUCUUUCAGGCCCAUGAGCAUCUCUUUAUCAAAGGAGCCAUUCAACGUCGUCAUUGCUGUACGUAACCCAUAUUGUAAUUUGCAGUACAACCGUUUCUACAAUCAAGAGGCAGUUUCUGUCUGUUGUUUCCAAGGGUUCUUCAUAGUCACAUUCACAAAGGUUGAAGGGCUAUUUUCGGAACUUUAACAAAUAUGUUAAAAUCACAAGAACAGAAACAUCUACCUCUUGGUUGCUUUCCCAAUGAACCCGAUGUACAAGAGCCAGGUUGUCGUGGUAAAACAUUAGAUAUAACGUUAUGUGACUUCACACAACAUUAAUAACAGCUUAAUAACAUGAAUAAUGAUAUUUUGAGCUUAACUGAUAUUACGACUGACUGGCUGACUGAACAUUCUCAAUAAUUAUGUUCAGUAAUAACAAGACACCUGAAAUGUGAUGUCAGUGUUCCCUAAAGAUUAAAUGUGGUACUACAUCACUAUGUCCAAGCAGGGCAUAAUGGUGACUUGAGCCAUGACUGAGGGAUAACCAGAAAACCGGUUGUCCAUUGUCUACUGGGUAUGCUUUAUAUUGAGAUACUGAGAGAGCUUGGGUACUUGCUUUCAGAGGGCCAUGCUUAUAAACAUAUUCAUAGUCAUAUUAGUUUGCUCAUUGCGCCAUUUUUUCCCCUCUAAGAGCUAAAACUGUUUAAUAAUUCUCUUUCCUCAAACUCCAUCAACCAUUUGUUAUGUUCACGAGCGGACAUUAGUGGUGACUCACGGUCAGCCUGCCACACAAACAUUGAUUGAAAUAAUUCUAUAACAAUAAAUCCUAUAACUGAACAUGCUUUGCUGGGUUUGUGCAGUAGUAUAGAGUACUCCUUCUGUUGUCAAAAUAAAUUGUAGAAUGAUUUGGGGUAUUGGCAAUGACAGAGUUUUCUGUCACAGGUAUAUUAUAUGCGUCCAGAUUUGACAAUCAGGCAGUGUAGUUGUCCAAACAGAUACAAACUCAAUACUGUCUUUUCGUCAAAUUACAUACAAUUGACUUACUUCACCUUUGAGUUUAUAGAGACUGUUUUAGAGAGUAUGAAGCGAAGUGUCAUCUACCAUGUCUUCAGAAAUGCUGCAUCCAAUGCAUUGUCAACAACAAUUAAAAACCUAUUUAGAAUUGUUCUGUAAGCUUGUCUCCAGACCAACACUCACAAUAAGGCAUAUGUUGAUUACUUCCCCACAUUACAGUGUAAUCAUGUUGACAAAAUGAUAUUGAAAUAAUGUGGUAACAGCAUUUGAUUCCACCUGUUUGUCUAUUGACCACACAUAUGUUGUAUUCUAUUGUGCCAUCCAUACCUCACUCCCAUCUCAUCUUUCAAUUGAUUUCCAAUAUCCAUUAAUCUACAAAGAUACAGUACAUUGAUGACGCUUUUCAGGAAUUAACAAAGAAACAAAGGCUAUUUUCAACCCAAAAUAUUAUUGGUCAAUAUUACCACCACAGGUGUCCGUCAGUGAUUCAGACCCUGAUCUCGACUGAGAGUCUUUCUUUUUUACCCACCAGAGCAUUAACUGCUAGACUAGUUAAUCAGGUAUUGUACUAUUUUGAUGAUUUAAUGUCUUCUUAACUGAACACCAUUAGUUUAACAUGGUCCUGUAGGCCUAAAUCUUGUUCCCGGUCACAAACGUCUAUUAUAUAGUCUUUUUGGCUUCCAUCCAAACUAUUAUUUUUCCCACAGGGGAUGUGGAACCAGUCCUGACGCUCUGUCUAAAUGGGGGUGUGUGGAACCAGUCCUGACGCUCUGUCUAAAUGGGGGAUGUGGAACGAGUCCUGACGCUCUGUCUAAAUGGGAGAUGUGGAACCAGUCCUGACGCUCUGUCUAAAUGGGAGAUGUGGAACCAGUCCUGACGCUCUGUCUAAAUGGGAGAUGUGGAACCAGUCCUGACGCUCUGUCUAAAUGGGAGAUGUGGAACCAGUCCUGACGCUCUGUCUAAAUGGGAGAUGUGGAACCAGUCCUGACGCUCUGUCUAAAUGGGAGAUGUGGAACCAGUCCUGACGCUCUGUCUAAAUGGGAGAUGUGGAACCAGUCCUGACGCUGUCUAAAUGGGGGAUGUGGAACCAGUCCUGACGCUCUGUCUAAAUGGGGGAUGUGGAACCAGUCCUGACACUCUGUCUAAAUGGGGGAUGUGGAACCAGUCCUGACGCUCUGUCUAGAUGGGGGAUGUGGAACCAGUCCUGACGCUCUGUCUAAAUGGGGGAUGUGCAACCAGUCCUGACGCUCUGUCUAAAUGGGGGAUGUGGAACCAGUCCUGACGCUCUGUCUAGAUGGGGGAUGUGGAACUAGUCCUGACGCUCUGUCUAAAUGGGGGGUGUGGAACCAGUCCUGACGCUCUGUCUAAACUAAAAAGCCUAACGGGCCGUAUGUGGCCCGCGGGCCGUAGUUUGCCCAUGUCUGGUCUAAACAUUAAUUAUCCCUGCUUGUGAUGUGGUUUUGGAAACGUUUGGAACUUUACUUUCAUAUCAUUGAGAAACUAUUUUACAAAUACCAAAGAUUACACUUACUGUACAGCAUUUUAACACAGUUGCAGCCAACAGUAUUUUUCAGUAAACUUUUCUUGCUUCCUCCUUCUGUUAUAAACAGAUGUUUGCAAUGCUGGAUAGUUAAUUAAAAUAUAUACAAGCCAGACAAUUGCUGUAAGAUGGAUCCCACACUGCCAUGUUAUAAAUGGGCCUAGUAAUUUUGCCUUAUUUUUGUAUAUUUAUACAGAGUGUUGGGACUGGUUACCUAUUCUCCGCAAGCAAAAUAAUAGUUUGGACAGGUUCCCAAGGGUUGUAUAAAAGCACUCUGACUCAGGGCAAGCCAUAAUCAUGAGAUUAGUUGCAUGAUAUGGGCUAUUUGGAGGCAGCAUUUCGGUUCACUCUAAGUGGCAGGUUUUCUCCAUCAUUUAAUGUUCUCCAUAAUGUUUUCUAAGGUUUUUGUCCUUGCUCUUCUACAUCUUCCAUACAUCCCUUACCUCACUUUAUGGAACUGGCUGUGACCAGACAGAGAAACCGUCAUUGAUAUAGAACGGCAUAGAUAUAAACCGGUCUCUCACUACAGAUAGUUAGCAAAAGAGUAGGAAGGAGGACCCUCAUACACAUUUUACCUCAGAGGCAUUCAUGACAAUUGUGUCUUGCUUUGGGGUGAUGGGGAUGACUUUGUACAGAUAUUUGUAGAAUUUAUUUUCAAUGUACACAACUGGUGAGGCAAUCGGAGCGUAUUUAUUGAUUUAGAAUGCCAGAGCAUUCUUUUCACAAUGCUUUUGUAGAUACCAUCAAUGAUCUAGAGUUAAAACAACUAUUUUAAAGGUCACUCGAGGAAUUAAAAGUUAUAUUUUAUAUUCAGCAUAAUUGUUAUUUGCCAUUAACAAUAAUGUAUGAGUAUAUAUUAAAGUAUUGCAAUAUGCAGACAAUUAGUAAUGCUAGAGAAAUUAUUUUACGUCUAGUAUAUUUCACUAAUAUUGACAAUCUAAAUCUGUCUUUUCUCUUAGUGUAUUCUCAUCAAUUGCCUGAAUGACUGACUUAAAGUAACUGCCCAGUGAAAAUCUAACUUUUAUAAAUUCAUAUACAAUUAACUCAUACCCAAAUAAUGUUGUUGACUUAUCCACCCACGUUGUUGACUUAUCCACCCACGUUGUUGACUCGUAUUUGUGGCCAAAGCAUACAUUGGAACAUUUUUAUUUAAAAAAAAACUCAAACUUGUACCUCAGACAGUUUUAAAAAUGCUUGUUAUUUCCUCAGAGGAUGAGCUGGUAAAUCAGCGGUCUACUCGUAUGAAUAUUUUUUAUGACUGGUAUAUGCCCACACCAUGCUGUUGUUGGGGUACGCCCACACUGUUCUAACACAGAAAAGCUGUUUUUUUACAUACUUAAUUACCAUUUUUUUGGAAGGAAAACUAUUUAAAUCAUAUUGUAGUUCAUUAUAGGUCAUAUUUCAUAGAAAUCUGGAAACACUGGACAGUUACUUUAAAUCCUCUCCAUACAGUAUUCAUGAAAUUAGGUUAUGGUAGUGUUACGAAGCCAGCUAGCUAGCUUACUAAUUGCUACACUUGCUAAGUCUAGGGGUCCUAGGCCCAGCUAUAUGGUCUGUAACUUGAUUUAAUGUGUUCAUUUAAGACUUAGCAAGUGUAGCAAUAUCAUUAAGCUAGCUAGCUGGUUUCGUAACACUAGUCAGAGUAUGUGGACCAUGUUGUAUAUGACAUCACCUUAUCUGGGGUCCAGGGCCAGCUCCAUCUUGACUUCUUGGUUGUUCAGCCCAGGCAGAUUGUUGUUCAGUUUAUGGUGCUAAAAAUAAAUAUUUACAAAGAGGCCUGUCCAAAACUAAGGACACUAAAGACUGGCCGGCCAAGAAGCUCCUGUCCACUUCUCUCUCACUGAUUGUCGAUCCCUGAUUGCCCGCACAUGUGUGCUUAUCAAGGCUUGGCACAGCACCUGGCCCAGUUGCUGCUGCCACCUGGGGAUAGGGAGUGGAAGUGGUAGUGUGCUGUAACAAUAAACUAGCCCCCAUAUCAUAACAGUAGGUCACUAACUAGCCCCCAUAUCAUAAGUAGGUCACUUCAGAAGAUUUGAUACUAUUCAGUUGUAUGACUCUUAUCUAAAGGCCAUUUACCACGUGUUUGGGAAUGUUCAAAUGAACGUUCGAGUGCAUCAAGAGUCAUUGUUGUGCGAUACCGUUGAUGAUUUUGAACACUAUAGCUAUCUCUUUUUAGAGUGUUGCCAGGGCAAGUCAAUAAUGAUUUCUACAAGUCACAUUUGCUGUAUAUUUCCAUGUAACAACUUAUCAAGCUGUUGUGUGACUUUCUUUUGUCUGAGCUGUUGAAAGAUCUCGCUAUGGAUUAGUAAUGAAAGCAAAUAUAUGACAUUAGUAAUGUAAAUAUUUGUGGCCUGCUGGAGGUCAUUUUGCAGGGCUCUGGCAGUGCUCCUCCUUGCACAAAGGCGGAGGUAGCGGUCCUGCUGCUGGGUUGUUCCCCUCCUACGGCCUCCUCCACGUCUCCUGAUGUACUGGCCUGUCUCCUGGUAGCGCCUCCAUGCUCUGGACACUACGCUGACACAGACACAGCAAACCUUUUUGCCACAGCUCGCAUUGAUGUGCCAUCCUGGAUGAGCUGCACUACCUGAGCCACUUGUGUGGGUUGUAGACUCCGUCUCAUGCUACCACUAGAGUGAAAGCACCGCCAGCAUUUAAAAGUGACCAAAACAUCAGCCAGGAAGCAUAGGAACUGAGAAGUGGUCUGUGGUCACCACCUGCAGAACCACUCCUUUAUUGGGGGUGUCUUGCUAAUUGUCUAUUUUCCACCGUUUGUCUAUUCCAUUUGCACAACAGCAUGUGAAAUUUAUUGUCAAUCAGUGUUGCUUCCUAAGUGGACAGUUUGAUUUCACAGAAGUGUGAUUGACUUGGAGUUACAUUGUGUUGUUUAAGUGUUCCCUUUAUUUUUUUGAGCAGUGUAUAUUCAAGAAAGAGCGUGACCAACAUUCAAACUACAAAUUGGAUCCAGUAAGUAGUACACCCUUUAUUGAGCCCGAAGUUUGACAUGAUCUGUGCUAUUGUAGCUGCUCCCUUUCAGUGACAGAUAUCUUCUUCAAAAGGUGCAUAGCCUACUAUAAUUAGAGGGGUUGUGUUUAGGAAACCAUGAAUGGCCUCAAGCAUUUUGUCAGUCACUAUUUUCCUUUUUCAACAUGACAAUUUGACAAAAUCACACCAGGCUAUUGGUUUAAAUAAACACUGGGCUGCUUGAUUCUAUGUGGUUGUUAUAGGCUAACAUUUCGACCUGAUAUCAUUUGGUCAUGAAAAUCUCAUCUUAUUCUAUGGAGUGCAUGUGAAGUUGCCAAACUUUCCUGUUGCCUGUAGUUGCUUUCUCUGCUAGAAUGUGCCACAACAUUUACAGGAGGCUGAACUGGCCAUCGCCAUCCAUUUCUAGACUUGCAGGGAAAGUGUAACGUUGUUGGAGUUGGAUGGUGUUGUUUCUUGCACUCAUGUUUUUAACAAACACAGAAUAGCCUGUUAUAAACCCUCCCUAUUCACUUCACUGUUGUAGGGCCAUGUGAAAAAUGCAGAAAAUGUAUGUCACUUUUCCUCCUCAAAAUUCAUUUUCACGCUAAACCUUGACAUUUCCAUUUGUCAUUUGAGAUAAAACAUUUAAAGUUAUACAUAUUAGAAGAACAUAGGCGGGCUAUGUUUGAAUUGUUGUCAACAAGGUCAACAUUUUGUAAUAUUUCAUAGAACCUGUGCUUCCACCUAAACAGAAUUGAAAAAUAGAUUUUUGAAAGAGUAUGUGGUAUAUCACGUAAUGCUGAAAUUGUAAAGUUUGUGUAUUUCAAUUAGCAUUUUCUGUUUUAUUUAUUUUAACUGGUCUAUAUUUUAUAACUCAAGACAGUGUUUAUUAAUGUUUAACUUAUUUUUUUAAGUAUGGAAUACCUUUGUUAUAAAUUGUGGAACUGGUAAGCAUAUUGAUGUAAUGUUCUGUCUUUUUCUUUGUUUACAAAACAUCUUGCAUAAGAAACAAAGUCCAAUCUAUUGUAACUGCCCUUGAAUAGCUGUGUUAUUUAAAUAGUGCUGCUAGAGAGACAUUCUAAAUGUAACAUCUUACAAUAAACAUUUUUUAGACUUUUCCCCC